ACUCAUCUCAGAUGUCGAGCCAUCCCAUCAUUGGGAUUCUUGGAAAGUCCAUCAUGUUGCCUUGCAGCCUGAAUUCAUCUGCACCCGUUGUCCCAGCAAGACUCACACUAUACUGGACAGCAAGACUCAAGCACCAGAAGGAGGACCAAGUGGUCCAUGCCUUAUACAAUGGAAAAGAGAACAACGACCCCCAAUUUCCAUUCUACAAAAACAGGACGCAAAUCUUCAAGGACCAGCUUUCUUCUGGGAAUUUCUCCCUCUUGCUCAAAGAUUUAAGGGUUGAAGAUGACCUCACAACUUUCUUCCUCUUUUAUCAUCAAGAGGAUGGAAAUUACAACACACUUGACCAAAACAAAGAGAUGUGCUUGACCACUGUAAAAGUAGCAAAAAGCUACCAUAAACCCAUUGUGACAGUGAACUAUGAAGAAUGGAAGGCAGAAUGCACUUCUCAGGGAGGCUACCCUAAACCUAGACUGACCUGGACCAAUCAGAACGGCUUACUAGACCCCGAGGUUCCUCAGAUUGUUCAGGAUGCAGGAAGUGGAACAUUGAACAUUUCCAGCACGGUGAACAUCACAGACAAUCAGACUGUGACGUGCUCCAUCUUCAACCCGACUCUGAAAGAGACCUUGAACACCACAAGAUCAACAGACGAGGAGCAAGCGGGCCUCUUGAGCGGCAUAAAAGCAGGGAUUGGUGCUGUUGCUUUUGCUGUUGUUGUGAUUGGGUCAACACUGGUGUUCGUCUGCUGGAAAAGUAAGUCAUGCACUUGUUAUCUUUCAUCACUGUUGCGUUUCAUGUCACAGCGGAAUCUCCUGAAUGACUAUGAUGCCAUUAAGCAACUCUCUCUUUGUCACUCCAGAGAGCAUGCAACAGAAUGGUGCCGAUACACAGGAGAUGGGCCCACUACGACAUAGCCUACUCCAAUGUGUGCUUACUACAAAGUGUUAAACUGGUAAUAUUGAUCAAAUAUUGAUCUAUAGAAUGUUUUUUUAAUCAAUGUUACCAUUUGACACUUAAUAACCCUUUAAUACAUUUUGAUCCCAGGAUGUGACUGAACACAGUGUCACAGUGCUGUUAGGAUCAAGGUCACUCAAGAAUAGGGUUCUCUAGCUACUAAAAUACCUCAAUUUUGAUUGAUUAUUUGUUAGUACAGUUGAAGUCGGAAGUUUACAUACACUUAGGUUGGAGUCAUUAAAACUCGUUUUUCAACCACUCCACAAAUGUCUUGUUAACAAACUAUAGUUUUGGCAAGUCGGUUUGCCACUGUACCAUGAUGAUGCUGUAGGGAGGAACACAGGCAGGGUUGGUCUUAAACACAUCUGUCACACCCUGGCCUUAGUUAUCUUUGUUUUCAUUAUUAUUUUAGUUAGGUCAGGGUGUGACAUGGGGAA